AGCAAUGACACGUGUAUUCAAGAUGGCGGCGGCGAUGAUGUGGGCACUGGUGCUAGUGUCCACGCUGCCUUCAGUAACACCCUUUUAUGUGCCAGGGGUUGCGCCCAUCAAUUUCCAUCAGAACAGCCCUGUUGAAAUAAAGGCUGUGAAAUUGACAAGCUCUAGAACCCAGCUGCCCUAUGAGUACUACUCACUCCCCUUCUGUAAGCCUGACAACAUUGUCUACAAAGCAGAGAACCUUGGUGAGGUUCUGCGUGGAGACCGUAUCGUCAACACUCUGUACACGGUUCUCAUGAACGUGGACAAAAAGUGUGAGGUGUUGUGUAAAAAACCAGAUAACCCCAUCAAACUCAGCGUGGAUGAGAGCAAGCUGCUAGCCGAACGCAUCCAGGAAGAGUACUAUGUCCACCUCAUUGCAGAUAAUCUCCCUGUGGCCACUCGACUUGAGUUUUACCCAAACAAAGAGGAAGGAGCAGAAGAGGAACAGAGAAAGGACACAGCAAAAGAUAUUCAGUUUGAGCAUGGCUACAGGCUCGGCUUCACCGAAAACAAGAAGUUCUAUUUGCACAACCACUUGUCCUUCAUACUGUACUAUCACAAAGAAAAAGUGGAGGAGGAGGAUGAACACAAUUACCGUGUUGUACGUUUUGAGGUCAUGCCAAAGAGUGUAAAAUUAGAAGAUAUAAAAGCUGACAAGCAGGGCACAUGUACAUUACCUGAAACCGUCGCUCCCGUCCCUCAGGAGAUCGACCCAUCCAAAGAGAACAGCAUUCUCUUCACCUACUCUGUGCGCUGGGAGGAGAGUGAAGUGAAAUGGGCGUCUCGCUGGGACACAUACCUCACUAUGAGCGACGUGCAGAUCCACUGGUUCUCCAUCGUCAACUCUGUGGUCGUGGUGUUCUUUCUAUCAGGCAUCCUAAGUAUGAUCAUCAUCAGGACCUUGAGGAAGGACAUUGCCAACUACAACAGAGAAGAUGACAUUGAGGACACAAUGGAGGAAUCUGGAUGGAAGAACGUUCAUGGUGAUGUGUUCCGUCCUCCACAGUAUCCCAUGAUCCUUAGCUCUCUGCUGGGCUCUGGUAUCCAGCUCUUCUGCAUGAUUCUCAUUGUUAUCUUUGUGGCUAUGCUGGGAAUGUUGUCUCCAUCCAGUCGAGGAGCUCUGAUGACGACAGCCUGCUUCCUCUUCAUGUUCAUGGGUUUGUUUGGAGGAUACUUUGCAGGUCGCCUCUACCGCACUCUUAAAGGCCACAAAUGGAAGAAAGGAGCAUUCUGUACUGCAACUCUGUAUCCGGCUGUCGUAUUUGGAAUUUGUUUCGUGUUGAAUUGUUUCAUCUGGGGAGAACAUUCCUCUGGUGCUGUUCCUUUCACUACAAUGCUAGCUCUGUUGUGUAUGUGGUUUGGUAUUUCUAUGCCUCUUGUGUUCCUGGGCUACUAUUUUGGUUUCCGGAAGCAGCCAUAUGACAAUCCAGUUCGCACCAAUCAGAUCCCCCGACAGGUCCCCGAGCAGCGCUGGUACAUGAACAAGUUUGUCGGAAUCCUGAUGGCGGGAAUUCUGCCAUUCGGUGCCAUGUUUAUUGAGCUUUUCUUCAUCUUUAGUGCUAUCUGGGAAAACCAGUUUUAUUACCUGUUUGGCUUCCUCUUCCUUGUCUUCAUCAUUCUUGUGGUUUCCUGCUCUCAAAUCAGCAUUGUCAUGGCCUACUUCCAGCUAUGUGCAGAGGACUAUCGAUGGUGGUGGAGGACGUUUCUUGUGUCCGGAGGCUCUGCAUUUUAUGUCCUAGUCUAUGCUGUUUUCUAUUUUGUUAACAAGCUGGACAUUGUGGAGUUUAUUCCUUCUCUGCUGUAUUUUGGCUACACAGCCCUCAUGGUUUUGUCUUUCUGGCUGCUAACGGGGACGAUUGGCUUCUACGCCGCAUACGUGUUCAUACGGAAAAUUUACGCCGCAGUCAAAAUCGAUUGAUAUGCAUCUCCUUUCGGUUUUUGAUUUAGAUUUUUUUUUGUUUUGUUUUGUGAAGCAAGCACUGAUGUGUGUGUCAAUUGCCAGCGUAUGAGGUGCAACAGCGCCCCCAUGGAUUGGAGGUAAGAAGUGUUUUCUACACGGUAGUCAAAAACUUCCCUGUCUCUGCAGAGAGAAACAUCAUGAACUGUUAAAUUUUUUAAUGUCUGUAUAUCUUUUUGCACACAAACAACAUGGGCCAAAGUGUGUCGAAUGACUUAUUUUCCUUUUUUGGGGUGGGGAUGUUGGAUUUUGGAGGCCGGGUUUCAUGCUUUUGAAGACAUUGAGGGUUAGUUGCAUAUGAUAUUAUUUUACAAGUUAACUUUGUGUCCUCUUUUAAUAUAAUGUUUAAUUUGAACUCGUUCCCAUGUCUUUGAUUCAGAACUGAGUUUUUGAAUGCUUGUUGUCUUGGGUUGUGUGUAUAUAUGUGUGUGACAAGCCUGCUGGAAGUGUGGUCACUCUGUGGUCAUUAUAUGUCGCAUGGACUGAAAUUAUGGAAUGUAAAGACAUGACAAGGCAAGUACAUUAAAAAAACAAGUACGUUUCCUUGUGUUUCCUUGUUCUCUGCUCAGUUCAAGUCCAUUAGACCUUUGUUAAAUUGUUCCUGAAAAGCUGAAGUAUGUAAUUCCUGUGACACUUUAAAAAGUUUUCUUUUUUGGGG